AUGUUUAAAUCAAUAAAAGAAGCAGCAUUAAGGGAUGAUUUAUUAUUUCAAUCAAAAACGAUCGAAAUUGAUUUUGAAAUCGGUAUGAUUGUGGCUAUUAAGAAAUUAUUUGGUUACCAGACUGAAAUAAAAAGCGGUCUCUUUCAUUUCGGACAAUCAAUACGGAGACAAAUACAAAAAGUCGGUCUAGCGCAAGAAUGUUCUCACGAUGCUGAAAUUAAAAAAACAAUUCGUAGGAUCACUGCACUAGCAUUAGUGCCUAUUUAACAGACGACUGUUGGGAAACUAUUCGUGGUGAAGCUCCAAUGAAUGAAAGUAAAUUGUUGAAAAUGUCAUAA